AUGACAGCAGAGGACGCAGGAGUUGAUAGGCAUGAAGGAUCUGACCAUUCAAGAUCACCCUCAGUUGAAUCUGAUAGCUCGAAUUCCUCUCGAGGAAACAACAAGGCCAAUCAAAAUGCAACCCAUCUACGACCCUCAUUGCAAGGCGCAGGUCGAUCAGCAUCAUCCUCGAAUAUAUCAGUAAAUACAUCAAACCUUGCAUCACACAGAAAAACCCACCCAUCAAGGCUCAAAUCACAUAAUAGGUCUUUGUCGCAUAACAAAUUACUAAACAAAUUGUCAACAUCCACCACACCAGCAUCUGUGAGACCGAAUUUGAAUCGGUCCAAAUCCACUGAUGGGUUGACAAAGGGAGGCCGACAUACUACUGCUAUAAAGAGAAACAAUAGAUCAUUCACGAAAGUGACUGGUUUACAACCCUUGACAAAGACCGUAUCCAACCACUCAGUUAAAUCAAACAAGUCGAACUCAUCGCUUAAAGGAUUAGGCGGGGCGACAACUACAGGAGGGAUUAAACCUAGUGCACGUAAGGGAAAGGCAACUUUGAAUUUGGAUGAUGAUGAUAAAGAGUAUGAAGAUGUUGAUGAGCCUCCUGAUGAAGGCGAUGUAGUUGCUGCACCACAACCCGAAAGAUUUGACAGUCAGGAAACAGUGUCCACUACGCACCUGAAUUCUGAUCAAAACAUUCCCAGUUUGUAUGAGCAAAUCAACAGAAUUCUUCCUGACCCUACGCCUCAAGACGAUGUCGUUUAUGAUAAUCGCCCCAAACUUGAUGUCGUGGAAGAGGGCAAGGCUAUUGAUGAGAAGACGGCAAACAAAAAUGAUUCAAAGAGACCUGAUCUUGUCUCAUCAGUACAGAGCUCAGCUGAAGAUGUGACUCAAAACAACAAUCUCUAUGGAAGUUCAUUACUUCUUUCACAAUCAACAGGGAUAGUUAGAAAAAUCGAUCCAAUAAGUGCAAAAGUUACUGAGAUUUAUCCCAAUAGACAUAAUCAAAACGAUUCACAGCAACCAGAGUCUGUUAGUGGCAUUUCCUUUAAAGCUAACCCUAUGGAAGCGGUCAACACUAACAUUGCCAAACCAGUGACCACGAAUCAAAAUGUCAGCCAGAACAAUUCGUACCAACCUGAUCAAACCAUUUUCACCAAUUUGCAAAGAACGAAUAAUCAAUAUAUGCAGACAAAGCAAAACGGCGAGCGCUUGCCUGAUACACGCCCUAUUCAAAACAAUAAAAGCGUGAACCCACUAAACAAUGGUGCUAACAACUACAGUGAGUUCCUUCGAAGUACAUCAUCUUCAUCGGAUCUGCAGCAUGGACCUUCAAAGAAUAUUGAGACUAGAACACAGCAAAAGCUCUGGCUACAAAGGGAGAGUUCACUUUUGGAUGUCACAAAUAUGGACCCCGCAAGAAGGUCUAAUUUUUCCAACUUAUCCUUGAAUAAUUUAAUGUUUUCACAUAAUUACAAUCUGAGCCAUUCAAGUAAUCCUAAUUCGUAUCAAAGUCAGCAUGGCAUAUCCUCAACCCUAGGACCAUUAACACCUGUCACCCCAGGACCAGUACAAGGUGUACCUGGUUUCAACAACGGAACAAUUACUCCAGAUAGAGGCCCAUCUUCAGUCAAUGUAAAUGGAUUACUUCAUAUGGUGCAAAACACUCAUCAAAAUUCAAUUCAAUCGAGAACUGAGUUUGAGAGGCUCAACAGGGAGUACCUAAAUGUGAGAAGGCAUUUAAAUCCUGUCGGGGAGAGUUUAAACAGACUUCAAAGUUUAAAUGGUAACGAAGGCGAGAUUAAAGUUGUAAAGUCGAAAAAGCGUCCCGAGAGUGGCAAUACUAACGCAAAUACAUUUGAGGAAUAUGCAUCAUCAUUCCACGCAAGACAAGCAGAGACUAUAGGAACAGUCAACAAGAUUUGGCAGGAUGCUAUUUUGUGGACCUUGUCAUCUUCCAGAGUAGGAUCUUUCUCACAAGAGAACAUUACAAGCCAACAACUGCAUCCACCAGUUCAUAGAAUGUCUUCUUUUGGUCAAAAUUCACCCUACACUAAACAUGGUCAGCACCAAUCUAGCCGAGCUGUAAAACUUGCUCAAAGCCAGUCACAUAACGAUUAA